AUGGGUAACCAACUCACUGGACUAUCACCUUCACCAGUCGUUGAAGAUUAUUUAUCUGAAUUAUCCGGCCUAGUUGUAUUUGAAGAAGAACUUUGCGGUUCUAGAUUGUUUAAAGUGGCUAAAAUAAGAUCUGUUGAUGGAGAUAAUCCGCGUUCACUUGUAGUAAAAAUAUUUCCCAAUCCAAAUAUCUCCCAAUUAUUAUGGCGCUAUCAAGCUCUUAUGUUGCCUUACUGUCAUCGUAUUAAUUCUGGUUAUAAUUUACUAUUUUUCAGCACAUCAUAUAUAACUGAACGUAGCGGAGUACUUAUCCGAGAUUUUAUUGAUCAGUCAUUAGCUGAUCGUUUGUGUACAAGACCAUUUUUAUGUAUUGAGGAUAAAAGAUGGAUCGCUUAUCAAUUAUUAUGCGCUGUUGACCAGCUUCAUAGUUAUUCAACUAAAGCUUAUAGUAAACAUUCUAGAACUAAUUAUUCAUCUCUUUGUCAUGGAGAUAUUAAAGCGGAAAAUGUAUUGAUCACCUCUUGGGGAUGGGUACUUUUGGCUGAUCCAGCUCCAUUUAAACCAGUUUGGUUACCAUCUGAUAAUCCGAGUGAAUUUACACAUUUUUUUGACUCAUCACGUCGACGUGUUUGUUAUUUAGCACCAGAACGCUUUGUCGAAGUACACAGUUGUACAACGACAACUGUUAGUACCACUAUCACAACCACCACUCCAACUGUUACUGGUUCCGAAGCAACGAAUCUGGACAGCCUUUUGGAAGAAGUAACUAUAUGCUCUGAAGAAACAAAAAACAAUGUAAACAUGCUUGUAAAUGUGUGUGAUAAUACUUUGGUAAAACCUACUACGGUAAACGAAUCGAAUCCUUUAAACAAAGAAUACAAUAUGGAGUCUGAUAAACAACAACUCACCGUCGAAAUUUCCGAUUUGAGUAGUAGUAAUAAUAAUAACUUCUCUAAAAGUGAAUCGUCUUAUUUGAUUGCAAAUUCCAGUGAAUUAUCUACCCAACUCAGUGUAACUUCAUCGCCUUCGCUCAUCUUAAACACUGAAGACUGUGAUACACAAAAUUCUAAUGAUGAAGUGAUUGAUUUAAAGCAACGAACAAAGUUUAUGACGUCAAAUUUACUUGACUUAGAUUGCCAUUUAACACCAAGUAUGGAUUUAUUUUCGAUUGGGUGUGUUCUGUUGGAAUUGUUUACUGAUGGAUCAAUAGCCUUCACAUUGGCCGAUUUACUGGCCUACAGACGAAAUGAUCAAAGUCGUCUAUCGAAACUUUUAGAACAAGUUCCAUGUGAACAUGCUAAAUUUCUAAUCUCUACCUUGUUGUCAUUGGACAAAGAAGAACGCCGUACAGCUGCCGAACAUUUAGAACAACAAAGAGGCAAAACUUUUCCAAGUGUCUUUUAUACACAUUUGACACCAUAUCUUCAAAACUUUCUGAAUCCAAUACUUAAUUCUCCUGAUUCAAGGAUAUCGUUUCUUAAACUAACUAUUACAAAUUUCCUUCAACAGGUUACCGAUUCAGGGCCAGAAAAUUUAAGUACUGUUGCUGUUAUUAUAUGCAGUUUAAUUAUUAGUGUUCUACGACCUACAUCAUAUAGUCCAAAUACACAAACUCCAAUCACAGCUGCCGAUUUACCAACUUUAACGCAAAUUAAUAGAAUCAAUACUACUGAUCCGUUUUAUUUAAUACGCAACAAUUUGCAUACCUCUGAUAAAAAAGGAUAUUCAACACAAUCAAAUCGUUUAAGUGAAACUGGUAAAAUUAAUGCAUUAAUAUGUUUGCUCGAGAUUGCUAACCAUAUGCAACCAAAUUUGUUAAUGGAUCGUGUAAUACCUUAUUGUAUGGAAUUAACAACAUUAUCACAUUCUGCACCUCUCAGCAUAGAUCCUAAGCCAGAAGUUCGGUUAACUCUGGCACGAUGUUUACCUAUACUGGCAACAUGCUCUUUAAAGUUCCUCAAUAUCAUAACAAAGUUGCGUUCCGAGUCAACUGAUGUCAAGAAUAAAUCUCCUGAUUUUGUACAUGAUUGUCAAAGUGAUCAUAAAACUGCUGACAAUUAUUUCAUCAUUUUUGGUCGAUCCGGUACAAAUGGCACAUUGUUAUCACAUAUGAUCACAUUUCUAAAUGAUAAAUGUAAACCCGAAUUACGAGCUGCAUUUUUUCGACAAGUUUCUCCUUUGGCAACAUUAACUGGAGCACAGUUUGUUACGAUUCUUCGGUCAUUACUCGAACAGGGUUUAAUAGAUCCUGACGAUAUGGUUAUUGAAGAGUGUUUACACUGUCUAACUAAUCUUUUACGUAGACGAUUGCUCAGUGCACCCAUUGCAGUUUCAUUUUUAACUCGUGCUUUAGCAUUAACCGCACAUCCAUGUUUACGAAUUCGUCAAGGAUCUGUGGCUUAUAUUACAUCUUUUGCUCGACUAGCUGUUAACUUUGCUGAAAAGUCUCAAUCACGAGUUCUAACUGGAGAUGAAGACACUGUACCUAUGGUACAUCAUUUUUGGCCAGGUAUUUGUAGUCCUGCAAGUGUUUAUGCUCGUUUAGUUAAUAUUGAAGUUAAGAAAACUAUUUUUCGGCGACCUGUAAACUUUUGUUUUACAAAUGAUGCGGUCCUUUUGCAUAGUUUACAUCCACCAAUUAGUCGAACUGUUCUAGAAGCUUUAGUAUUUAUGUCAUAUUCAUCUAAUUCUAUGCAACAAUUAACAUCCAAUGAUUCUCAGUUGUCCCGUUUAGAUAGACUAAAUCAGAUAUUGAAAUUAUUUCAAGAAAGAAAAUCAUCACGUGCUGUAACACGAAGUGGUGAAACACCUUGUUAUACUUCACCUAAUGAUGAGUUCAUUGAUUCAUUAAUUUUAAAACUUAAAUCGCUGGGUUUAACGGAAUUAAUGGAAUCUCAGUUGGUAAAUUUAUCCAGUUAUAUUGUAAACUUAUACCAAAACGGUCGUCCUCAUAAUGCUUUUCAUUCAUCUAAUCUGAAACUUAAUCGUAUUUUUCCAAAAUACCAAGUUUACCCCAUUGAAAACCGUGAUAAAAUGUUUCUAAGUUCACAACCUACAAAUACGCAGUGUAUUAAUCCCAAAGAUUUUCUAGAAGAUCCUUCUCAUUUACAAUGGCUAUUAAGUUCACCACUGAAACGUUAUGCAAAUCUCUUACGGGAACGUUUACUUUCUGGUCGUCUUUCAUUACACCGUGAUUCCUUUGAUUCUGGGAAAAAAAUUAUUAUUGGGCGUAGUUUAAUCUUAUCUCCACCGUCAACAUUACUUAACACUGGUGGGGAUAAUUCUUCAUAUGCAUCGACAAAUACAUCAAAUACAAACUUAACAAAAAUGGGCACAAUCGGUACACUAGUACAUGGUGAAGUAUUAUCAUCAUCGUUUGCUGAAAUGAUUAAUCCAUUGUUUGGUAUUCGAUCAACUCUGAAAAAUAUGUUUGAAGUACAAAGUGAAAUGCCUAUUUGGCCAGAAUCACGUCCUCAAGGUAUUAUGUUAGCAAAUCUACAAGAGCAUCGGGCGGGAAUGAUCAGUUUAGCAACUCAUAGUUCCGGUCGACUAUUUGCAUCGUGUUCCAGUGGGGAUGGCUCGGUAAAACUAUGGAAUUGUGGAUUCUGGCCGACUGAAUCUGAUGGUUAUUUAGACCAGUCAACUACCGGUAAUCAUUCUAGUCGUGUUAACAGUGCAACAUCUGAACUAGUCCAAAAAUCAUCUAAUUCAAAAAAUCCAGAACUUGGGUUAGCUUAUUGUUUACCUACACGAUCAUCUUGGACAUUUAAUUGUAGUGGACAAGACUCAACUGAUUCAUCUAUUAAAAUAUGUCGAAGUCUUGUAUGGACAUCGAAUGGAUCUUGUUUAGUUACCAUACUUGAUGGAAAAUGGUUACAACAAAUUGAUGUAGCUACUGGGCAAUCUAAUGGACUAAGUCAAUUAAAGAUAAAUAAUUCUGGUCGCGCUGUAUGUUUAAAAACAUCAACAUGUUGUCAUUUUCCUUCUCAGUACAAUUUAGUAAAUCAAGUUAUGAUCGGUGGAAGUGAUACUAAUUCAAUUGCUUAUGCUACAACUAGUAAUCAAAUUGUUGCACGUGAUUUACGUGUGCCAAAUUCUAGUUCACCUAUAUGGAUUUUAAAACAAGACAGAAGUCAUGGUUUAAUACUUUCGAUGGUAGUACAUAGUUUUCAUACAUGGCUUGUUACAGGAACCAGUCGUGGACAUCUUAUAUGUUGGGAUUUAAGAUAUAAACGUCAGAUAGCUUAUACAGAACAUCCAUACCAACCAGGUAUAGGUAUUUUAGAUUUACAAAUAGCUGAAACUCAUUCUCGGUUUGAACUGGAUAGAAAGUAUGCUGGUCAAAAUCUACCUCAGUCAUCCGAAAAGUCAUAUCAAGUAGGACAAACGUUGAUUAUUGCUGCAACCGACCAUCAUAAUGAAGUGACAAUCUGGGACUUGGAGUCCUCAGCCACAGCGUCAUCAUCUGCAGCUAUUUCAUCCUGUAACUAUGGGCUCCCCGGUUCUUUCGCACCAGUUCGCAGUACAGGAUGUUUAGCUUCGACGUGGGCUCAACCAGGAAAUAAAACACCUCUUGUUCUUGAUAGUUCUUUACCACAUCGAUCAGUCCGAUCAAUUUUGUGCCUUCCUAACAACAAUGUUAUACCGUUUAAUGAACAUAACAAACCCCAUUCUCAAGUUACUCAUUUACCAGCUAUAGUGGCCGGUGGUAAUGAUGCACGUUUACGGUAUUGGAACUUCCGAAAACCAGAGGAUUCGUGUGUUUUAGUUUGGGCUGGGAUUGAUGAAUCGACGCCUCCUCGACUUACCUACCGGUCAACAUAUGUAAAUGAUGUCUAUGUUUUGAUUGAACAAACUGAUACUUCUUCCGUUAGUGAUACAUCAAGUAGUUUGUUAACAAAAACAAUGUACACAGAAAUAUCACAAAAAUUACAAUCAUCAAGUAAUAUAACAGAAGUAUCAAAUAGUGCAUUCCCUGUGUCAGGACGUUUAGAAUUACGUGAAUCAACCAAAGGACAUAAGAAUAUUAUAUCUGAUUUAACUGUUCUUCAAGCAGGUCAAGCAUUUCUAGUCUCUGCUUCAAUGGAUGGUGUAAUAAAAAUUUGGCGAUAA